GGCUAUACUGCACAUGUCGCUUCUUGCCGCGUGGCGAACGUUCCCGCGUUCUGUGUGUGUGCAGUCGAGCCACGAUUAUAUCAAUCCGAGGCAAAUAGAGCUAGAGCUCAGAAGUUUAACGAUUGUUAGUGGUGAAUACUAAUAAUAAUUUAUAAUAAUUAGUAUAAAACGUGAACACACUUCUUCAUAAUGAAGCGCAGCUGUAACCCAGUUAACAGCAGUAAGAACAGAAAUGUUAUUAGUAGUCCCAGUUCGAGCCAAUUAUCUAAUGAGAUACCGCAAAGGAAGAAGAAAGAUUUAUCAAAGCAAGAUUUAAUAUAUUCAGUUGUUAAAUUCAUUGCUGAAAACGAUGAUGAUGAAACAUAUUCCGUAAUUCCAACUUUCUGGUUACAACAAGAUGAAAAAUACACUUUAUGGCCAAAAAAAGAUGUGCGCAAUUGCAUUAUUAAACGCAAAGAACCAUACAAAGAUUGGGCCCUUCACCCUGUUACUGUUGUUGCUAAAUAUGAUUCGUAUGAUGAAGCUUUAAAUAAAGAGAAGAGAUUAAUGGAAAAGAGCACUACUGAAUCAGAAGUUGAUUUAGGCCGUGGAAUGAGAAAGAAAAAAAGUACAUAUCGCACCUCAAAAAAGAAUGAUGAUUAUUGUAGUGAUUCAAGCGAGGAAGAACAGGAAACCAGCGAGGAUUCCAUACCUGAAUAUGAAUCGCCAUCAAAUGAAAAAA